AUGGCAGAGACUCUGAAAAUGGUCCUUGAAAAUGCCCAAAGCAUAGUUACUUUAGGCACCAAUUCUGAUAUCUUAAAAAAUAGUCUAAAUGUAGUUGGAAAAUUGGCUGACACUGUACAGCCUUUCGUUCCUUUGAUUAGUACUGUUUUUGUAGUUGUAUCUGAAAUUAAUGUCGAAAUCUUACAAUUUCAGCCCAAAAUUUGCGAUCAUAAAGCAUUUUACAGAUUCGUUGAAGUAUUAAAGAAAAUAAAAAAUUUUAUAAACAAUGUUUCAAACUUGUCAGGCUGGAAAAAAUAUGCAACAACGAACUCAGUACAAGAAACUUUUACGAAAUUGAUUUCUGAGUUUGAUCAAAGUAUGAAUGAUUUACAUUUCACGAUAACUAUUUCUAAUGAAGAACAAAGAAAAUUAGACCAAGAAAAUCUUAAUGCUGAUUUUGAAGAGAUGAAACAGUUCCACAAAACAAUUGCCGAAGGCGUUACAGAUAAUAAUUCACAAAUAAAUACGAUUAUCAAUGAACUACAGAUUAUUAAUGAGAAAGUUGGUCUUUUAACCAAUGGUUUAAAUAACACAGAAAAUCAAAUUAAUCACCUGAAAGCAAUUAAAAUUAAUCCAAAAGAAUUAGAUGAUCUUCCUUAUGGAGAAAUAAAACUUUGUGCAGGAAAAUCUAUAGUGAAAAAUUAUAUCGAGGAAAUAAUGUUGCAUGCAAACCUACAAAUGUUGUAG